AUGGAUAGACGGGAAGAUUUGAAGAACUGGUUCCACAAAAUGGGAUACGAUGUUAAAAAGUUUCCAAAGAACAUAUCUAAUUUCUGCAACAAUUCAAAUGUAUUUGUAUGGGAACAAUUAAUGGAAUACGUGCGACCCUUAAGUGAAGUGGAAAAUAUAAAGAAGCAAAUCCUAGUAUCCCAGCUAUCGAACAAGAAUUUAGAUGAACUUCAAAGACUGAAGCAUUCAUCGAAAGAAGUAGAAUUGUAUUUAAGGAAAAAAGAGCUCCAAGAACAAUUAACGUUUAUGCGUUACUCGAUAUCUCAAAAGGAGAAUUUAAACUCUAAGCUUCAGGAAGAAAAUAAAAUUAGUAGAUUUACCUUGCAAAAAAUGAAUUUGGAAAUCGAAGAUAAUGAACAACGAGAAUACAUGUUAAGGGAAAAAAUGAAGCUAUUAAACAAAGAUAGGCAAUUUGCUGAAAGUAUACUAGAAAAUUUAAAUGUACCAACAUUAGUGAACUCAGGAGACUCCAAUGAAAUAAUGCAUGAUUUAUCAGAGUUAAAAAAGAAACUGCAAACAGAUAUAGAGGAGUUGCAAUUACCUGCCAACAACGAUGAUACAAUUUGGACUAUCAACAAAUUGCUGCUGUCUUCGAAGAAAAAUUCAAGAUAUAGCAGUACUCUUUCAAUCUUCAAUUCCAACACCAAACAUAGAUUCACCUCAAAUACCAAACGUCGAAUUUCCAAAUUGCCUUUCGACACCAAUCCCAAUAAAGUCACCAAAUGCCUCUUUCCUGAGAAAAAUCCUGGCGUAAUGAAUUCAACAUCCAAUCAUGAUACUAUCUCAGGUUUCGCUACUCCUUCAGUUCAUUUAGGAAUGCCUAAUACAAACAAAUCCCCGUUAAAUGAAUCGUUUAUUAAACAACUAACCUGCUUGCCAACUGCAAAUGAAGUAAAAAAAUUUAUAAGCAAAUACAACAAAGAAGAUAUUUGGAAUGUAAUUCAAACUAUGAACAACAACCUUCAUUUAAACAUACUGUUUAAAUUAACUCGAAUUUUAUUAAAUCUGAAAGUGAUAACUACAGCAAGAAAGAAGAACUAGCCAGACUCCAGUCACUGCACGCAGAAACAGAGUUUAAAAAUCUACAACAAAUUCUGAUGUUAAAGCAGCUGAAGAGGAAGUUGGAUAAUAAGAAGACUGAUAUUAUAAACCAGUACAAAUUAAAGUUUCCCAACAAGGAUAUUGAAGAUGUUAGGCAGACAUUAGAACAUUACGUUGAACACAUCAGAGUAGUAUCUUUGAAUAAGGCGUUCAAACAAGAAAUUACCGAUUUGCAGAACAAUGAAAAUGUUUCUUUUCAAUCCAAUCAAAAGGCGGAUUUGUUGGAAAUUGAAAGAAAAUUGAAAUCAAAAAAAGAAGUAGUAAUUCAACAUAUGGGAAUAGUAUAUGAUUUGCUGGAUUCCUUUGUUAACACUCAAUUUGCUCUAAGGUCAACUAUGAGAAAAUUAAACCCUUACAUAUCAAACGUGGAUGAAAUGUUUUAUUCCCUCAGAGAAAACAUUACUGUGGAGGAAAUUAAGAUGUUCAAAGAAGUUCCUUUGGAUUUUGAUAGAAAACCUAUUGGCUCCGUUCCCAUAAAUCGAUUAUUGCGUAACAUUGACUUGGGUAGUAAUGAAAUGGCGUUGUUGGGCCAAAUUAUGGACAAUCCAUUUAUAACACAGGAAAUGGUCAUCUUGGAAUUUAUUCGCCAGAUGCGCAAAUUGAAAGAUUUGCAAUCUCUAAAAUACCCUAGAGAAAAUCUAAUAAAAUCUUAUUCACUGGAAGAGCUACGAAGCCAAGAAAAUCGCAUGAAAGAUAUUUUAAAAAAGUUAAAUAGUUUGUUAUUUUCCGCACAAUCGCACAAGUUUGCAGAUUUACCGACUGAAACUGAGAAGAUCUUAGAUUUAUGGAUUAAAUUACCCUUUAAAGAUUGCAUCCCUCCAACGAGAACAGCCGAUGGGAAAAAUUACAAAUAUUACGAGGAACAGAUUAAAUUUUAUAAGGCGCCUUAA